AUGCAUAAUAUUAAAAAAUUAGAUUUUUUCGGCACAUUAAUAUACAUAAGAUACAAAAACGAUUAUAAAAAUAAAACAUAUUUAGGGUCUAUCAUAUCAUUAGGUAUAAUAAUGAUAUUAAUAGCCUAAACAUAUUAUGAAAUGAACGAUAUUGUAAAUAAAUAUAAUCCAGUAGUAACUUAAAACGAAAUAUAUAAAUCUGAUUAACAAAAAUUUAUAUUAAAUUAAGAAAAUUUAACUAUUUUAUUUUCUAUUGAAAAUAAUUAAAAUAAUUUAAUUAAUGAUAAUUAAUAUUUUUAAUUUGAAGCUUUUUAAUAUAUAAAAAAAAUCAUUCUAAAUGAAAAUUCAGAAGUAAAAGAUUAAAUAACUUAAAAAAUAUAACUUAAAAUAAGCUCAUGUGAAAAUAUUAAAUUCAAUAAUGAAUAUUAUGAUAAUUUGAAUUUUAAAAAUAAAAUGUUUUGCUUUAAUUAUGAAGAUAAUAAUUAAUAAAUACCUUAUAUAUAAGGUGAUUAGGAAUUAGAUAACUAUAGUUCAAUUAAAAUAUAUAUAAAAAAAUGUAAAAAUGAAAUAAAUGAUAAAUGCAAAAGUGAUUAAGAAAUAUAAGAAUAUAUUAAUGAUUCUAAAUUUAAUGUUUAUUUUAACAAAAUAGUCGCUUCUCCAUAUAAUUUUACUAAUCCAUUUUAACAACAUAUACAAAAAAAUUAAUUUUAUAUAAACAAUGGAUAAAAAAAAGAAAUAUAAAUGAAAUUUAAAAAUAAUUAUGUAUUAUCAGAUAUAGGUAUGUUUUUUUAAGAUAAAAAAGAAACUAAAAAAACAUUAUUUACUUAAUUCUGUGAAUAAAUAGAUGCUUCUGAUAAUUAAUAAUUUCUUUCUUUUGAACUAUAAAUGGAAAGCAAUAUGUCAAUAAUAUUUGAUAGAAAAUAUAAAAAAAUAUAAAAUCUACUCUCUUCAGUAGGAGGUAUCGCUAAGUCUUUAGUUUUUAUAGGAUAUAUAUUUAUAUUUCCUAUUAACUAACUAAACUUAAAUAUUAAUUUGAUUAAGUAAUUAUUUUAAUUUAAUUUAAUAAAUAUUUCUAAUAAAUAAAAUUAAGAUAAUUAAAUUAUUAAUAAUUCCAAUAAUAAUAAAUAAUAAAUUAAUAAUAAUUUUAAAGAAUCAAAUAAUAUAAAUAUUAUAAAUUUAAAAAAUUAAGAAGAAUAAUGUAUGAAUAUAAUACAUAAUAAUAAAAUAAUAAAUAACACAUAAAUUUAAAAUCUAUAAAGUAAUAAAAAAAGAAAAAAAAAAGAAAAUAAUUUAAAUAAUAAAAAAUUACAAAUUACAAAUUAAACUAAUAAUAAAUUUAUGCAUUAUACAUUUUUUGAUUAUUUUUGUUAUUACUUAUGGCCAUUUGGGAAAAUCGGCAAAAAGAAAAAAGUACUUUAAUAUGCCAUAAAAAAAAUACAAAACUAAAUGGAUAUAAUAUAAAUAAUAAAUAAGCUUUAAGAAAUAGACAAACUAAAAACUUUACUUUUAGAUAAAGAUUAAAUAAAGCUAUUUGAAUAUUUACCUAAAUAAGUUAUUUCAGUAGAUUAAAAUUAUUAAAUAAUCAAAAAAAAUUAGGAAUAAAAUUUAAAUUAAGAUGAUGAUAGUAUAUAAGAACUAUUUCCAGAUGAAAAUUUAACUUAUGAAUAAAAAGCUUCAUAGGCGAUUAAUUCUUAUUAAAAAAUUAAAGAAAAAAAUGUUUUGAGUUAUAUUGAUAAAAAAUUAAUUUAAUAUUUUAAUUUAGAAUUUUUUUAAUAAAGUUUUAAAAAAUAUAAUUUAAAUAUAGAUUAAAUUAUUUCUAACUCAAUUUUCUAUUAAAAAAAUUUAUAGAAUAAAACUAAUAAAGAAAGUUUAUUUAAAUAAAUUAUGUAUAAAUUAAAUGAUAAUUAAAUUAACGCUGAUUUCGAUAAUAUAAUUGAUAAUGAAAAAUUAGAAAACGAAGGUGCUAUAUAACCUUAUAUUUCUAAAUAACUUAAUACUAAACGUUUUUUAUGA